CGAAUAAACAAGCAUACAAAUUGUAUGCUAUUGUAUUUUAUGAUACAAUACAAUAUAAUCGUGCAGAACGUGCUCACGUUGCAACGAGUCUAAAUAUUAUCCAAUUUCUUGCUAAGCGGUCAGAACUCAGGUUUUUUUUAAUGUGAGUGGUAUUAAUGAAAUUUAUAUGGAAUAUAAAACGAAAUACCUAGUAAUCAAAUGAAAUGGCGGAGUCCCAGAAACAUUUUACUCUUUCAUCAAUAAAAAAUCAAGAACCUGAUAAUAAUUUGACCUGUAAAAAACGUAUAGAAAAUGCCAAAAACGCACAAAAGAUGAGGUUAUAUCGUCAGCGUUUGCGAGAGAAAAAAAUUGCUAAUAAAUCUAACAAUGCUAGCCCUCCAGCAAUACGUCAAAGGGCUCUUACAGGAGCCGAGAGAUCAAAAUUGUGGUAUCAUAGAAAGAAACUUAGAGAGAUUAAUUUAUUACAUCCUAAUCAACAAUCUAGUGAAUCUCAAGAGAGCGAGUCGAUUAUAAAAAAUAGUGAUUUACGUAAUACUGAAAAUACUGCAAUGACAAGUGAUAAUGAAGCCGGUGGGGCUACCACCAGCACCACCACGAGCCCACCACCAGCUCCCCACCAACCUCCCUGCGCCCCACCAGCAGCCUCAUUGCCCGAGAAGCCAAAACUAACUGAAGAUGUGCCCACAUUCUCUAUGCUCCCGGCUCUGCAAGUGGUACCCAUUGAACCAUUUGUUCCCGAGGAAGUUGAUAAUUCUUGUAAGGAUUGUGCAGCAGUUACUGUUAAGUUCUCGUUCUGGUGCGUGCAGUGUUGUCGCGGGCCGCUGUGCGGCGCGUGCGCGGAGUGCGCGCCGCACGACGGCCACUACUUGCUGCGCACGCCAACAGGCGCCACGCACAGUCAAACGGAGGCAGUGCUAGCAGUCAUAAGGCAACAUUUGCAGGCAGAAAACUUACUAACGCUAUACGAAAUUGAUAACAAUUGUGUGAAAGUGGAAAUAAAGGAAGAGCCAGAGGAGCUUCCGCCUUUCGUCCCGGAGCCCGCAACGGAGCCCGACGCACUGAACCCGUUAGCCACGCACUACUCUGCCACAGGUAGACAGUUUGAUGAAGGCGAAACGAUCCAUCACUAUUUACCAAAGCGUCGGCGAAUCAUGCCUACAGAAAACAACGCUACCCAGCUAAAAACUUUGGUGAAGCUUCAAGCUAAGACUUUUAUCUCACAAACUAACGUAAAGGAUACGCCUAGCGGUUUCAAAACUGUUUUAAAACGCACACCUAGCGGUCUAAAAAAAGUCUUAUUGAAACCAAUCUCUAGCGGUUCACAAUCUGUCCUAAAACUAAAACCCAUUCCUAGCGAUUCAAUUUUAAAAACAAAGCUUGACGGUAUCAAGAGAUCACAAAAUGUCCCAAAAGCCAUUAGUAAAACCAGAAAAUCUCAAACUGUCUUAAAAAUUAUUCCCCAUGAUCCUAAACGAAAAACGCUCUUACAAGUCACUCCUAGAGAAACACUGAUUGUUAAGAACCAACCGAGCGAUAUUAAAGAGCCACAAACAAAGAACCAACCAGGUAAACUGAAAAUCAAAAGAACCCUUUUAAAAGUCCCACUUAGUGAACUCGCAAAAGUCACAAAGUCAAAAACUCUCCUUAACCACCCCAGUGGGUCGAAAACGCUCCGAAAAGUCAAACCAGGCGAGAUUUUGGAGCUCGAUGAGAUCCAAAAGAUUCUUAAAGGGACGGCUGUUCAGCAAAAUGAUCCCACAGGGCGAAAGCUUCAUAACGUUCUAAAGGGCUUCUCUAUCCCCCUGAAAGUUACCUCAGAACCCUCUCGAAAUAGUGAAACAUUUAGACGAUGAAGACAGUUUUUGCUGUGAAAGUGAUACAGAUGCAUUUUAUAUAAAACUGUCGGCGACUUUUUAAAUGUGUUAUUUUAUAUGUACUAUUUUCACUUAUCAUUGAUUCACGAGUCAAGAUCUUCAUACUUAUUUGAUAGAUGUCUGAAAACUUAUGUGAGCCGCUAGGGCGGCGCCACAAUCGCUGCGUGAAUAGCGUUACGAAGAUAGAUUAAACAAAAAAAUAAAUAUGAAAAUAUUUGAAAGUUAUAAAUAGAAAUUUUGAGGUAAUUGUUAAAUAAAAAAAUGAAAUCGUCGUACGGAAGUAUCGGACGUCGGUAAACGAAUAGCACAGAAAUGGAGGUGGGGCGAGAAGGAACGAUGGGAGAUUGACAAGACAGGUUACUGAAUGACGGCUAAGGUGUGCAAAAAGAUUGAUGUGGAUAUUUGCUGAACACCAAGCAAUGGAUGCGGGCAUAGGACCGAAGAAAGGCGGAAUACUUUCAGAAUACAGAAGAGGCCUAAUGGCAAAGGUGCGAAGUCGGUGGAGAAGUGGCGCUGUUUGUCACAAAUACACGUAAUCUUACGGAAUGUACAACAUUAAUGCUAGCGGCAACCGUAUGAACUAAUUCUACUUCAUAAGAUAUAACAUAGAAAUGCCAAAAAAAUGAGGGCAGCACCAUGCAGUCGCUAAAAAUGUCUAAAUAAUAGAAUAAUGAAUAAGACAGAUGUAGAAGAUAAUGCUGGCGUUAGUAGAACGAGACAUGCAACGCAACAAGAUCUUGUCAGAGGUCUAAAAGAAAUGGUUCGAAUGCUGACUUAGAGCCAUGGUGCAACUGCAGCGCGUUUCCUCGUUAGAUAUAAGAAAAUGGACGGCACGAAGAAUACGCCAACAGAAGACUGAAAUAAAAUUAUAGAAUUUAAA